AUGAAAGUGGUUGACGCAGGUGACGGGCUUGGGACUUCAAGCGAGGCAACCGGCAGUACUGAGGUGCAAUUCGCCCAAGUGCUUGAGAACUUCCAGGCUGGAAACAAGGAUGAUCCAUUCGUUUUGAUCCAAGAAUUCAAAUCCAUUAGUGCUCAGAAAGCUUUGCAAGUCGCCAGCCAGAUGGGCGAAGCCCCUGAUCUUGAAACCCGGUUGGAGUUUGAAAAUUGGGAUCUUGAAACUAGAUUGUGGAACUUGGUAGAAACCUUAUACUCAUAUAGAUUAUCCAAGGAAAGCCAGGAAGAACCAAUUCCUGAAUACAAGUUUUCGUCAUUCCAUGUUAAGCGUGAAAACUGGCUUAGGCAAAACCCAAAGAUCAAAGAACUCUCUUUAAUUAUCUAUUGGCUCCAAGAGAACUCUAAAACUAUAAGUAUUUCCGAUGAAAAAGUUGAAACUAAUGGGAAAUGGCAAAAUACUAGAAUCAAAAUUAGUAACAAUGACUUGUCUGCAUUGACCGGUAAAAACGAUCAAACCUUGAUUGAUAAUUUAGAUUCGGAUGCCCCUUUAAGGUCAGAUAAAGAUAUUGAUCCUCAAGAUGACUCGGUUGAUUCCAAGAACUUUUCACUCAUUUAUAAAUUGGUAAUUGCGAAUAGAAUAGAAGAAGCCAUUGAUUUGGCAAACAGUACUGGGAAUUUCACUCUCGCUUUAAUCUUGCUUGGUGCCAAACAAGAUUAUAUCGAUCCAAUAGUUGAUAAAGAAACAUUACUUAAUAAAGAAAGUGAUAUGCUUGUUGAUGUAAGUGGAUUGGAAAAUAGUGAGGAAGUAGCAUCGGGAUUGAAACAUAAAUUAUUGUGGAUUAAAACUGUUUAUAAGCUUUCUCAACUGCCUAAUCUUAACCCAUAUGAAAAAUUGAUUUAUAAAUUUUUAAGUGGUAAUGAUAUUAGCAAUAAUUUAAAAGCUGCAUCUUUGAAUUGGGAAGAGCAUCUUUUACUAUAUUUGAAUCAAUUGUUUAUGCAUAAUUUACAAACUUUCAUUACUUCUCGUUUAUCACCGCAAGAACAAGAACAAGAAAAUCUUGCAUUCCCAGUAAUUAACCCUCAAUUCAAUACUAUCAACGGUAUAUUGAACUCAUUACUGCUGGCUGAUAAUGAAAUCUCCGAACAAAGUACUCAUCCAAUAAGAAUAAUACUAGGUAGUUUAAUGAUUGACCAAGUUCCUCAAUUCUUAUCUAAUUCGGUCAAAUCAAUUACUAAAUCUCCAGAUGCUUUAAUUAAUCAAUUUCUUUCAAGAAUUAUUAUUCAUUUAGCAAUCUUUUUAUUAUAUGUCGAUAAUACUGUUUUGUUGGCUGGGAAAACAAUCACUAAAUUGAUUACUUUUUAUAUUUCCAAAUUGCAAAGUGGCGGUUAUAAUUCUCAAAUUCCAAUAUAUUUAUCCUUCAUUCCAGAUGAAAAAGAUGCUAGAGAGUGUUAUUCAUUAUUUCUUUCAACUAUUGUUGAUCCAGAAGAAAGAGCAAAACAAAUACGCUUGGUUAAAAGAUUCGGCCAAUUUAAUAAUAAUCAUAAUACAAUCACGGAUGAAUCUUCAGCAACUACUACUAGCACAGAAGAUUUUGUCGAAAAUGAAGACAAGAUGGUGAAUGUUUUCAGAAGAACCGUUGAGCGUGUGAUGAAUGAAACAGAAAAAUAUUAUACCCCAACCAAUCAAAUUUCAAUUGAUUCAUAUGGAUCAGAUGAAUCCAAGAUUAAUUCAAUCGAUCUUAAGGUCUUCAAUGCAGUUGAAUGGUUCUACGGUAGUAACAUGUAUGAAGAUGCUAUAUUGUCUUCCUUGGUUGUUAUUCGUAGAUUUUUAUUGACAGGUAGAUUAUCAAGUUUGAAACACUUUGCCCGCGGUAAAGAUUUCAAGGCAUUAAUUAAAAGUUAUGAUGCUGAUUUCUACACUAAAUCUUUAGGCAGUAAUGAUUUUGUAUCAUCUAUUACCGAUGAAAGUAAAGAAGAAUUACUACAAUACUCAUCUUUGGUGGAAGGAUUACAAUUUUUGGAUGAUUGGACUUCAUUUUUAACAAACAAUAAAAUUAAUGGAUCUUCUCAAAGAUUAUUCUGGCAAUCGCCAGAUAUCGAAAAGUCAAUUGAAAAAGUGACUAGUAAAAUUAAUGGUUUAAUCAUUCAAUGGUUUAAAGAUUUAAUUCAAUCAACAAACUUGGAUGAAAAGGAAAAAUCGAUAUUUGAUGAAAUCAGAUCAAUAUACGUUCCUUAUUUGAUAAUGGAAUUGAUCAAGAUAUACGAAGUUGCUAGAUAUAGAGAUUGGAAAUACAUUAAGAAAGCAUUUAAAUUAAUAAGUGACGUUGCCAAUGAAGAAGAAAAUGACUAUUUGAAAUGCUUCCUUCGUUGUGGUAGAUUAAAUGAAUUCGUUAAGAGAUCGGGAGAACUAGCAGUAGUGGCGAGUGAACGAGGUAUUAAUGGGAUUUUCCCAAAAUCAAAUCAAAAGCUCGAAAUCUAA